AUGCGCGACAAACGCCGAAAGCUUCUACCGCCUGGCCCCAAGGGAUAUCCUCUGAUUGGAAAUCUUCUCUCCCUUUCUGUUCCCGAUGAUAUCCCACGCAUCACCAGGGAGUGGGCCAAGAAAUUUGGCCCCGUCGUUUACACAAGGAUCGGAGGCACCGAUUGGAUCUGGCUUAAUAACGCCAGUGUAGCCAAGGAGCUGCUCGAUAAGCGAGGAUCAAAAUACUCCGACCGUCCAAAGAUGCCCAUGGCAUUUGACGCGACGUCGAAUCAGAAUCGAGAAAUCUUCAUGCCCUAUGGAGAGCAUUGGAGAAUCUUGCGAAAGCUGAGCCACGCUGCUCUAAACCAAAACACCUCGACAACCUACAGACCCGUCCAAGACUUUGAAUCUAAACAAUUGCUUUACGAGUUCCUACACGCAAAGGAUGACAUGGCAUUCUAUGAUAUGAAUAGACGGUACUCCGCCAGCGUCAUUAUGACCGUGACGUAUGGUCAUCGUGUUGCUGAUUGGAACGAUGUUUACAUCAAGAAGAUUUACGAAGUCCUUGAGCAUUUCACACUCAUGUCCGAGCCCGGCGCCUGGCUGGUCGAUGCAUUUCCUUCACUUGCAAAGCUUCCCUCCUUUAUGGUGCAGAACUGGUGGAAGAUUGGGCGUGAAUGGUGGAAGUACGACCGAGAGGUGUACCUCAAAUUCUAUCUCGACCUGGUUAAACAAAUUGAGGAUGGAACUGCGCCUGAUUGUUUCAUCCGAGAUUUCUACGAAGGAGGACUUGAGAAGAGUGGAAUCAAUGAGGAACAAGCCGCAUAUGCAGCUGGAGGAUUGGUCGAAGCGGGGAGCGAAUCCACUUCAACAGUUAUCAAUGGGUGGAUUUUGGCUUGCCAAAUGAAUCCUCAUGUUGUCAAGGCUGCACAAGAAGAAUUGGAUCGAGUCGUAGGCCCAGACCGGAUGCCAGAUUUUGAUGACGAGGACAAUCUGCCUUACAUCAAAGCUAUGGUCAAAGAAACUCUCCGCUGGUGGCCGAUUACCAAGGUCGGGAUGAAUCACGCUACAACUGAGGAUGACUGGUAUGACGGGUAUUUUAUCCCGAAGGGCAGUGUCGUCAUGUUAAACUGGUGGGCUAUCCACUUCGACGACGCUCGAUGGGAUGAUCCUCAUGCAUACGAGCCACGUCGGUAUCUGAGUGACCCUUACACAACGGCAGAAUCAGUCAACCUCGCCGACGGAAAUGCAAGAGACCACUUUGCCUAUGGUGCCGGUCGCCGCAUUUGCAGUGGCAUGCAUCUUGCACAAAACUCUCUGUACAUCAUCAUGGCGCGUACCCUCUGGGCUUACAAUAUCAAGCGCGCAAUAGGGCCCGACUCAAAAGAGAUUGAACCUGUCUUGAAGACUGAGCCGGGGUUCUUGAUGGUUCCAGCUAGAUUUCACGCGGUUAUCGAGCCUCGGACCAAGAAGCAUGGUGAGAUUGUGCAGAAGGCUUGGGUUGAAGCCAAAGCUAAGGGAGUGACGAUGAAUAGAAAGAGGAAUAUCCGAAAGAGUGACUAG